AACUACUUGUUCUGUAAGCCUUCACCUGAAGUACAAUAAAAUAUAUUAAAAAAAAAAAAAAGUACUAGCAGAUACAUAUAGCUGUUUAACACUAAUUGUAUUGAUUUGCUUAUUUAGUGAAAUAACUUGUUGAAUGCCUACCGUGAGAUCUGAAUCCUUCCUUCAAAUCCAGCCCACCACUUAUGGGGUAACCUUGAGUAGAUCACUUAUCCCCCCAAGAGAGGUGCCUCAAGGGGGAAGUCUCAAGGAUUAAACAAGAUGCUGUAUAUUAAGUGCCUCCCAGGUGCCUAGUCCCUGGGUGAGUGCUUAUUAGUGCCAGCUUCCAUUAUUCUUAUUAUUGCUGCUUCUGCUACUAUGAGCACUGCUAGGCUCUGUGAGGGAGUGUUAGGCAUAAAACACAGUUCCUGACCUCGACUUUUCAAUCAGCUUUCUAAUGCUGUACUUGAUAUUCUUGAUAUUGACUAAGGCUAAGCAACAUUAGAAGUGAAAUGUACCUUUACAAAAAACUUCAGCUGUUAUUACUUGAAAUAAGUGAUGGUAAGUGGCAAAUACUACCUCAGUGAAAAAUUUAGAUGAAUAGUUUUCCAUAUCAAAAAUACUGUUCAGCUUUUAACAGAAUAAAAUAUAUUCCUGAUGAUGUAGAUGGAAAGUUCUUUUAUUCAAAAAUUGUUAAAGCUGUAAGUAUGGGUCUAAAUUUUGUGGGGCUAAGAAGUCAGUGUUGUGGAAUUUCAAGCAAUUUGAGGGCAGUUUAAGCAGUAAAGGUGAACUGAUUGAAGCUUGCUUAUUUAAAAAUAUUUAUAAUAUACUGAGUAUUAUAUGUUAGAUAUAUAAAUAUUGAAUACUUAGAAUAUUUAAAAAUAUUCUUAAGAAUUAUAGUUAAAAGCUGUGUUGUAACUGUCUUAUAACUAAAAUCAGUCAUCAUAUAUUCUAAAUGGAUUAUUUCCUAUGUAGCAGUCUAAUUGGCACUGGGUAUAAAAUAUGAGAUGAAAUUUGAUAGUUUUUUAUUCUGUUAAAAUAGUCCUUCCAGAACACACUACUUAUCACCUCUGUGUGGGGGACCUCUGCCCCAUGAUUUUACCUAGGGAAGAUAGCAUCUCACAUUCAAUUAGAUACAAACAACCGUUUUUAAUAUUGGUGUUUUGGCUUUGGUUGGCUAGAAGAACCGGAGGGAAUGAAUUGAAGCCCUCCUCAUUUCGCUCGUACAAAUAUGGUGUCCACAUUGGGCUGGUAGUCUUUUCAGCCCAGUGUCUAACAUUGCUGUCCAGAAACUCUCUUAGUUGAUUAUGAUAAAUGCCUUCCAUGAUGUCAUCCUCACAGGAAUGUACACUACUUAAUCUCUCCUUCCAUUGAGCAAUCAGUGGUAGUGUGAUCCAUGAAUUUGUUUAAGCUUUUCAUGAAUGGUCUUUGUGUGUUUUCCUCUUGAGACAUGGGGUUCCAUAUUUAUUCUUAACCUAUUGUAAAAGUAUUUGGAUUCUGUACUGGUUUCCAAAUUUAGGUUUAGUCUUUGACUAUGGUCUAGGUUGGUAAAAUUAUACAUUUUAAUUAAUUUAUUUCAAAUGAUGAGCCCAGUAAAGGUUUGGGGUUAGUUUAAGUGGAGGAGUAUCAAGAAUCCAUUUUUAGAAACCAUAAAUUCACCUUUUUAUAAUAUUUUUAUCUUUUAUAUUAGUCACCUAAACUCUUUGUACUUCCUACUUUUUUGUCUCUGUGUCACCAGGUAGCUCUGUCUUAUCAUUGCUAUUUUCCUAGAAAGGAGAUUUUUUUUUUAGAGUCCUGCUUCCAAGGCAGUUACUACAUGUCAACAGAGAGAAUAUUUUUCCUCCCACAUCUUACUAUGAAAAUUCAAACAUAGAAAAGUUGAAAGAAUUGUACAAUGAACACCCAUAUAUCUACCACUUAUUUUCUAUAAUCACCAUUUUGCUGUAUUUGCUUUAUCACAUAUCUCCCCGGUAUCAGAAGGAAUGUUUUAAUAGAGGAGUUGAUUUUGAAGAAGAUGGGAGUGGUGUGCAGUUAGGUAUAAAUUGUUGUUUUUGAACUCUGGAUCUUUGACUGACUCAGAUAUCAACAACCCCAGGGUUAGACUUGAUGGUUCUAGGAGGGUGGUCUAGAAUAAAGCCUGCUUCAGAUUUGAAAUUUCUUGUAGAUAGUAUCUUCAGCCUUGAGUGUUCUCGAAACUUCACACAGUCUUAUUUUUUUACGCCUGUAAUGGUGAUAAUGGUUGGCUUUCUAUAAGUUGGUUGUGAUGUCUCCUGCUAGUAGCAAAACAUCAGAUUAUCAGAUUGGGUUUUGUGUUUUUGUAGCACUAAACUACUCUGUUAAUUCAUAUAUUUUCUGAACAUAUUAUCUCCAGUUACACAUUUAUUAAUGGCAUACUGUGUAUAGAAUCCCUAUGCUCUGUUUCUCAUUGUAAAUCAAGCACCUUAUUCAGUAAGUAUGAGUAUCUGUUUGAUACUUACAAUUCACAUUACUACAGAUCUAGGUACUUCUGGAGAGCAGUUGUGAGCUGGUGUCGAGUCAGUUCAGACUCAUGGCAACCCCAUGUGUGCAGAGUAGAACUGCUCCAUAAAGUUUUCAAACUGUGACCUUUUGGAAGCAGUUUGCCAGGCCUGUCUUCCGAGGCGCCUCUGGGUGAGUUCUAACAGCCAACCUUUUGACUAGUAAUCAAGCAUUUAACCGUUUGAGCCACCCAGGGACUGCUCUCAAUAGCAGUACUGGCUCCAUAUUUUGGUUUACAGUUGUCUUUAGAGUCACCAAAAGGUCAGCAGUUUGAAUCCACCAGCUACUCCUUGGAAACCCUAUGGGGCAGUUUAACUCUGCCCUGUAGGGUCGCUAUGAGUUGGAAUUGACUUAAUAACUGGGUUUUUUGGGUUUAAGAUCAAUUUAUAAGGAGGAAAAAAAAACACACACUCAGAAAGUUCUUGUUUUUGAGCUUCCUGGAUCCCCUUCUCCCCUUUUUUUUAAUGUAGGGAAAUUGCCACUGUUUCAGAUUUACUGAUAGAGUGCUUUUUAGUUUUGGCUUAUAGAUUUCAUGACGUAACACUGCAAUUUGUAUUUUAAAAAAAAAAAAAAAAAGUAAGAAGUUUUUAAAAUUCCUCUUAAGGAAAAAAUGAAGACCAAAAUAGGAGCUUAAGUUAUUGGUUUGAAUCUUGGUUAUUUCUACAAGGUACGGUAGGAGAAACACAUGAGAUUUUUUUUUUUAAAUGUAAUGUCAUAAUCUAGGGGAGAAUCCAGUAUGGAACCAUGUGAGCUUUCUUCCAAUAGACUCAUGUUUAUUUUCUAGAGUUACAGCAUCUUUCAAAGAUUAAAAGAAGUUGAACCGAGUGGCAGAAUAUAUAAAAUUUGAAAUUCCAGAGCAAACGGUAACUUCCAAAAAUUCUAGGCAGCAUCAAUCAAGGCUGUGACCAAAUACAGCUUCCAUUCUUUAUGUGGAGAAGGCUGUUACUUUGCCUAGUGCUGAUGUUGACAUUGACCUCUAGAAUUUAUUUGUGUAGUAUAUUUAAAAGGAGUGAGUAAAUACACCAAUGGGAGGUGAACAACCAUUUUGUUUCUUUUUUGUUGUCCAUUUAAAAAAAAAAGUAAAUAUUUAAUGAAAGGUAGAAUGUGCACUUAUUAUAAAAAGUCAGAAUUAUACAAUUUAAUCAUUUUCUUAUAGAAUGGAGAUUUGUAGCAAAUCUUGUUCACUGUUACAGAUUUGUAGCAAAUAAAUAAGGUAGUAACAUUUUAGUUGCUAUCAGAUUUUGCCAGGAUUUUGAAGUUCUUAAGGGUGAAACCUUUUUCACUGUUACAGAUUUGUAGCAAUUAAUGAUUGGUAGUAAAAUUUCAGUCAGUAUCAGAUUAUGCCAGUUAUCUUGAAGUCCUUCACAGGUAAACCUUUCCAAAGAUGAUGCUUCAGCUGGAGACCUAGCUUCAGGAAGGGAAAUUUUAGAACACCUAAGAGCCAUGAGUUGGAAUUGACUCCACAGCAUCUGGUUUUUUAAGACCCAUUUGGUCAUAUAGUAAUGGCUUGUUUCUUAUAUACAUAGAAGAGACUCAGAACAGGGUCUUAGAGGAAGUAGUACUAUGAGACACUUUACGGUAACAGUAAAAACCUUUAUUGCUACUUAUUGUUGACACUAAGGGACUUUUAAAAAAAUCAGGAAAAUAAAAAAGUUUUCAUGUUAGCAAGGCUGUUUUUGCUGUAGUUUGUGAUCCGCUCAAGAACUGGUCAAAUAACUGACUACGUGGGUAGGUGAGGGAUAGCUGGAUAGUACUUUCACUGCAGGGCCGAGGUCUUAAUGUGAGCCCAGCCAUGCAGUCGUGACUUAGGUUUAGGGCUAUUGAACCAAAGCAGGGAGGAAAGUGAGCCUUAGCUAGAUGGGCCCAACCAAUGCCAGCUGGCAGAAGGGUGAGGGCAGUGGUAUGGCAGGUGAUCUUUGUAAGGGAAUGGGCUGAUUGGGCCAGGUUAGGAUACCACUACUGAAUGCUUACGAUGUGCUCGGCAUUGUGAAGAUGGAGAUCCACUCAACAGGGAGCAGUAACUAUGACCAUUUUUAUACAACAACAUUUGUAAUUUUGAAAAAGGUUCCCUUAUGAUGGCCAUAGAUGCUACCCUACCCCUCAGCUACCACAUUCAAGCCAUGGCCAAGCCACCUAGUUCUGCCUCGUGCCUAAUGGCUCUUGAAAUGGCUUAUUCUCCUAAUGUCCCUCCACAGUCCAGACCACCUUGGGUGGCUCCUGGAAAGCAGAGCAACUUCCUUGUUUUCCUGUCUCCAGCCCCAGCUCCCUGAGCUUCUUGUAAAAAUGCAAAUCUAAUUAAUGGUUUCUUGUCAACUUCCCCAAGUUGGCUUCCCAAAUAGGAUCAGGUCCCACCAUGUUAACAAGAAGAGAUGACACCUCUUCAGAUUUUUCCCUUGCUGCUUCUGUUUUUCAGUUACACUGGGCUGCUGUAAGAUCUGGGCCUCUUUUGCCUAGAAUGUGCUUCCUAUCCUGCCCCCACUUCUCAUAAGCAUCAACUACUGUGGCCUCCUAACCACAGUGGUUAAGAGCUGUGGCCGCUAACCAAAAGGUUGGAAGUUCAAAUACCAGUCGCUCCUUGGAAAUCGUAUGGGGCAGUUCUACUCUGUCCUAUAGGGUUGCUGUGAGUCAGAAUCAACUCGACGGCAGUGGGUUUUAUCGUGCUUAUCAUUUUUUAUAUAAUGGCUGUAUUCUUGUUUUUAUUUAAUAACUGAAUAAACUUCAUGUGGUCUGGUUCAUUGUAGUAUCUUUAGCACCUAGUACACUUCCUGGCAUAGCACACGAUAUGCUGGCAUAAAUUGCAAUUGAAUUAAUGUUCCCAAUAGUUUUGUGAUGGAGUCGGCAUAGGGAAGUUGAAACUUGCCAAUAAAUUACAGCCAGUAAGUGAUAGAGUUGUCCGUGGGUCUCACAUCCAGGAUUAUGACUCCAAAGCUUAGGCUCCUGCUCACACAGGUUUAUUUGACAUUCUAAGCUUUUAACAAAAUGUAUGUCCAGUGAGUCAUUUCUGUUUAGAAAAGCCUUUAGGAGUUGGAAGUUACCUCCUAACUGAUGAUGUAACGUUUGACUCUGGAGGUCUUUGGGGCGGGCAGUUCCAACUUUUGUUAAGCCUUUAAUAAUGUUAGCAGUGCAACAAGUCUUGGCAAGACUGGAUGGGCCUGUAGUCUCUUGUUGAGAGGUUCUCACUGAAGCUAGGAGUGUGAGGGAAAAUAAAAAAGCACUUACUUUUCUUCAUGGUGAACAUACUAAUUUAUAGUAGUCCAGAUUGAAUGACAAAAUAUUGUAAAUCAGAACUUCAUUGUAUCACCAUAACCUUGGUAUGCCAACAGAGGAUAUCAGGGUCGUUUAAGGAGACCAUUUGGUAAAUCCUUAGGAUGCCAGUGAAUUGGGCUUUCAGACGACCCUGCAGUUGCCAUCAAUGUUGUACAAGUUGGAGGAGACCUUUUCUUCGCUAAUGGUCAACGAUCUUAAUUUUUUUAAAAUUAUUUUUAAUGAUUGUGAAGGUUUACAGAGCAGAUUCAUCUCCCAUUCAGUAGUUCAUGCAUAGAUUGCUUCAUGACAUAGGUUGCACUCUCCACAGUGAGUCAGCACUCUCCUCAUUACCACCCUCAGUUUCCCAUUUCCAUUCGUCCGGUUUUCCUGCGCGUUCCUGCCUUGUCAUCUUUGCUUUCGGGCAUAUGUUGUCCUUUUGGUCUCCUGUAGAUGAUUGUUUUAAGGAGUACUUUCCUCACGUGUGUUAUUGCAAUCUUAAUUUUUAGCUGAAAAUAAUUUCAGGUGGCUUGGAGACUUGGCAACCACCCCUCUGAGUUCUGCCCAAUAGCAUAAUAGUAGUCUGUAUCCGUCACCAGUUAUGCAGAUGGAGUGUCCAUCUCUGGAGGAUCUGCACACAUUCCUCGUUUACUUUCUUCUCUGCAGCUGUCUGGGAGGUUUACUUCAUCGUCCCUGAGACAUGUAUUGAUAUGUCUGGAAUACCUUGCGUUGCCAGGACUUGCCUGCACCUUGUGCUACAUAGCCCUUGCUUUAAAAGCUGGUGGUGGCCUGUGGGGUGAGGGAAGGGCACAUGAAAACAGGUGAAUUAACGUGAGAACAGUUAAUGUGUAUGGUGUAUUGACUAAGCACUUUUUCUUAAGAGAGCACCAUUAUUGCUUGCCAGAGGUCAGGCUUUAGGAAGGUGGUGGGAUUUUGAGCUGUGCCACUUAAAGGUGGCAAAGUAAGUUACUUAUAAAAGUCACAGAGUAUAAGUUGCAAGAGGAAGCUAUGUUUGCAUGUUAGUGUUACUCACAAAAUAAUUUGAAGAUAAGAAUUUAAGAUUCUUGGAUGAAAGACGCUUCUGUGGAUCUUUACAAAAAGACUUUUAAAUUUUAAAGUAUUUUCCCUCUUGAAAAGGACCUUGUGCUUAUUUAACAACUAUUUCUUGACUAUCAGAGUUCCUACCACGUACCUAGACAGAAUGAAAGUUUCCUGACUCUACUUUUCUGAGAAAUUCUAGUUUGUUUACUUUACAUUUCUGCAUAAAACCGUGUGUGUAGUGUUAAAUGUUGUAGAAACUUUUCUUUAGUGCUAAGUACUUAAGUGUUUAUUACUUGAUUUUUUAAGCAAUUAAUUUAACAGAUUAAUGAAAGCUAUGGUAGAAGUUCAGUAUUUAUGUUGACUAAGCAACUUACACCUUUUUUUCUCUUUUCUCUUCAGAGCUGUAGGUAAAACUUGCCUACUGAUCAGUUACACAACCAAUGCAUUUCCUGGAGAAUAUAUCCCCACUGUCUUUGACAACUACUCUGCCAAUGUUAUGGUAGAUGGAAAACCGGUGAAUCUGGGCUUAUGGGAUACAGCUGGACAAGAAGAUUAUGACAGACUACGCCCCCUCUCCUAUCCGCAGACAGAUGUGUUCUUAAUUUGCUUUUCCCUGGUGAGUCCUGCAUCGUUUGAAAAUGUCCGUGCAAAGUGGUAUCCUGAGGUGCGACACCAUUGUCCCAACACUCCCAUCAUCCUCGUGGGAACUAAACUUGAUCUGAGGGAUGAUAAAGACACGAUUGAGAAGCUGAAGGAGAAGAAGCUGACUCCCAUCACCUAUCCCCAGGGCUUAGCAAUGGCUAAGGAGAUUGGUGCUGUAAAAUACCUGGAGUGCUCGGCGCUCACGCAGCGAGGCCUCAAGACAGUGUUUGAUGAAGCCAUCAGAGCCGUCCUCUGCCCACCCCCUGUCAAGAAGAGGAAGAGAAAAUGCCUGCUGUUGUAAAUGUCAGAGCCCCCCGCCCCACCCCACCCGUCCUUGCCCUGCCCACCUGGACCCUUUGUAUGCUUUGCUCAAAAACGGUGGAGCCUUCGCACUCAAUGCCAAGUUUUUGUUACAGAUUAGUUUUUCCAUAAAACCAUUUUGAACCAAUCAGUAAUUUCAAGAUUUUGUUGAAAGCGUAAGAGUUCGAACUUUCACAUUCUAUUAAAAUUUAGCCCUAAAACGACAAGCCUUAUUAAAGCCUUAUUUUUCAAAAGCCCCUAUUCUUGCUCAGAUUAAGAGUUGCCAAAACACCCUGUGAAUUAAGUUGCAUUGUUGUGCUACAAACACUAAGCACUAAACUGUUUGAAAGACCUUUGUCUUUAAAGACUGUAGCUUCUGAUGUCAGUAAAUGCAGCCACUUUCUAACUGGUUUUCAGACAUGUUAAAGCAGUACAGCCUCCUUAAUGAAAUGUUGCCAUUUAACACGUUCAGUAAUUUAUCAACCCACGUUCACGAUGUAACCUUGUACUGUAUGUCAUAAUGGAAUGAGUCUAACAGCUCAACCCUUUGGAUCAGUCUUUUUGAUUUUUUAGUGAAAUUUUUUAAAACCAUUAGUUUGUUAGCUUUUGCUGAGAUUUUGAACAGAGAUCUUGUCCAUGUGUUUCCUCUGAUGAAGUAUUCUACUGGGGUGGAGUGUGGGGAACACUUGAUGUGAUCAAAGGAUGAAGACAGUAUUUUGACAAAAUAUGAAGUAGCAGUUGAUUUACAACACUACAUUGUACACGGAAUCAUGAAACUGAAUAAACAUGUCAUGGGUAAAAUCUUUGAAAGGUUCAUUUCUGUCAAAUACAGUAGAUGAUACAGAAAGGUCGGUAUUAUCAGUGAGUGUUUUCUUUGGCUUUUCCUUUCUCUUGCACCUGCCAUCCCUCACACUUGGGCAUUUAAUUCAUCUUUGACUGGUCAUUCCCAUAGAUGCUAAUUUAGUAAGUGCUUUUCUUCUAGAAUCUCCUCUUAAUGAGCAAUAUGUCUCCUUGUAUUAUAAAAUCUUUCUGAUAAUGAAUUAGAAUUUCGUCUUUUGUAAAUGAGUCCAGUGCAUUCCGUUUUCACAUUACUUUAUUCAGUGCUAAUAAGUGCUUUUGUUAUUAGUUUUCUAGUAACUAGGUGUAAAGAUCCUGUGUUGCCGCUUUACAGUUUUUAAAAUAUUUUAGAUAUCCUUAAAUAUGAACCUUCUUAACAUCACUGUCUUGCCAGAUUACCAACACUGUAACUUGACUAAUACUGACCCUCCGCCUUACCUCACCUACAUGGACACACUUCCUAUUGUUGCUUUUCCUAAAAAGGUUCCUUUGGGUCUGUGAGGUUUCUGUAAACUCAGUGCUAACACACUGGCAAGAAUACAAUGUUGGACCUUUGAACCACUAGAACAAAAUUUUUUAAAUUGACAGUUGGAGAAUUGUGUUUUUACAUUGAUCUUUUGCUAAUGCAAUUAGCACUAUGUUUUGCAUGUAUGACUUAAUAAAUCCUUGAAUCAUAUGACUGGUAAUACUUGAAUUUUUUGGGGGGGAACUGAUAGAUGGUCUGCUUUUUUUUUUAAUAAUAUUUUAUUGUUUUAGGUCAAAGUUUA